AUGAAUCCUGCUGCUUCUGCUGUUGCAAAUUUGCUCUUAGCGGUGCUAACGACUUCUCCUGGUGUGACAGGCAUGAGUCUGCGCGACUGCCAGUUUGAAACAAGUGGCCUCUCAGCUGUGUAUGCCGUGGUGCGUUUUCCUGGUGGUGGCGAGUUGACAAACGAACAAAUUCGUACUCUUGUGCGUGGUGCGGACACUUCCAUGUUGCAGGCAUUGUACUGGCAGAACGGUGGCCGCACAACGGAGGGUGUGUACGUGAUAGACACAGCGCCAAGUAUGCGUCGUGUGAAGUGUGACACGGGAUGCCGGUACGGCGUGGGGAUUGGUGUGCCUGUGGUCUGCUGUGCUGUUCUCUGCAUUCCAAUCUUUAUUUCGCUGGUGUCUGUGCGGCGCGCCAACCUCAAACUGGAUCCGCUGCCGCCACCACUGCCGUGCGCGCAGGUGUGCUGCUCACGCCACGCCGCCACUCUCACCCCUUCGUACAAGCUGCUGAACCCGCACGCCUCCUUGGAUCCUGGCUAUGAGCUGCAAAGACAUCGGUAUGAGCAGGAUUUGAUGCGGCCCGAUACCCCGGAGUUUGUGCCGACGGUGGACGAGAUGGACGACGGAUAUCCGGCAGGAUUUCAGCCCCCCACAGUGGCAGGCGAGACGGACGAAGAGCGCUACACACGCACCGCCCAUGAGGCCUUCGAGGCGGAGAGGAAGCGCCGGGAUGACGAGAAUCACUGGCGCCGGGAGAACGGCCUGCCCCUUCUUGCUGACAUGAGCACGUCAAAACGGAAGCCACGUGUGAUUGUGGUGGAGGAUCGCAAGGAGGCACCUUACAACACAGUGAUGGACCUCGACCCGGUGGAACGCGCAAAGAUUGAGCCCGUUCCGCCUCCACCACUACCACCACCAGCAGCAGCAGCGACAGCACCACAGCCAGUGUCCACAAGUGUGCCACCCAUGAGAGAUUCGGACGAGGUGAUCGUGCCGCAGCCGAUGCCAAGCUUCUACGCGAGUAACUCCUCUAUCAACUCGUACCAGCCAAACAAGAAGGCGGCACGUCCUGAAUCCUCUUUGGUGGGUGAUCGCGGCAGUCACACACAUCCACGUCACAUCCCGCCAACAAGCCUGACACCUGCGAGCAUCACGCCAUCGACCUUGUCACCUGCGGUGGCAGGCGGUGCGAAGCGUGGUGAGGACGUCCCCGAGCGUGUGCCGCCUAAUCUGAACCCUGACGACCUACAGCCCGGCGUGAGCCCCUUCACCGGCGCAAACCAUCAGAAGGUAUCGCUGCGUGAUACUGGCAUGAUCGGCGGGGAAAUUUUGCCGCGUUUGCAGUCGACAUCGCCAGGGGCGGACCCUGAUGGGAGGCAGCCGUCGAUUCUGCGACCCUCGUCGGGGAAGCUGAGCCGUCGCGGCAGCGGCGACGCCAGCACAAAGUGA